AUGCUUGAGAUUGAUGAGCAAGCUCAUUUGAAAAAUCUAACAAUCGUCUCUGGCGGUGCAGGAACCGUUGGCGUUGGUGGCUAUCUCACCGGUGGUGGCCACGGAGCCUUGAGCUCGACAUAUGGGAUGGCAGCGGAUCAGGUCUUGGAAAUGGAGAUUGUGACUCCGCGCGGCGACAUCUUAACCAUCAACGAAUGCCAGAACACUGAUUUGUUCUGGGCCAUGCGAGGGGGCGGCGGUUCGACAUUUAGUGUUCUCACUUCGGUAACUAUGCAGGCUCACCCGUCUACUCAAUUCCUCACUGCGAGCGUCUUUUUCGCGACAGGUCCCGGUUCUAGUUCUUAUUGGACCGCUGCUGCCGUCUUUGCAUCCCAAUAUCCAGGUCUCUCUUCAUUGGGCAUCUCAGGCUACAGCUACAUAAAGCCCGACGUUGGCAACGCAGAUCUGAACACCACAGGCGCUGUCGAUGGCUACUACGGCAUAUUUAUGCUGCCCGUUUUGUCCUCGGCCAAUACGUCCCUGUCCUUGGCCACAGCAGUCACCGGCGCCCUUAACAAGGCUCUCGCCUCGUUUCCUCCGGGUCAGUUCUCAUCUGCCGUCUUACCUGUUGAGAGCCACGACGACUUUUGGGCUUGGUAUAAAGUCAAUAACGGCCCACUGAAUGCAGGCGGAGACUCUGUUUUCGGCUCCAGACUCUUGGAUGAGAAAGCCCUCACCUCAAAUCUUACUGCGUUGGAGGAUGCGCUUAAGCAGACGGGUAAGGGGAGUGUUGAUUUGUAUCUUGCGGGUGGCAAGGGCUCUCAACAGGCUGUCCCGAGGGGAGGUGGAAAUGCUGUGAACGAUGCUUGGAGGCGGACUGUGGUCCAUUCUCUUUUAUCCACUUCAUGGCAACCUUUUGACGACGCGGAGAAAGCAAAGCAGGAGGACUUAAUGACUAACACAUAUGUGGAAGGAUGA